AUGGGCUCAAAGGCUCCUUCUAAGGACCUCCAUCCGCUUACCAAACGCCAAAGAGCCGGACUUACAAGACCACAUGCUUGGGCAAAAGGGAAGACUCCUGCUAAAUGCAGCAAACAAUUAUCAGGACCAGAGCUAUCUCCACCGGUGAUAUCCUCAGAGGAGGAUGAGACUUAUCCUCCGACCAUGGACGUCAUAGAUAAAUGGCGGGCCGACGCCUCCGAGUCGGAUGGCGAGGACGAAUGGCAAGACCUACAUGCAGAUUAA